AACUUACUUUUGAAUUAAAAAGUUGUUAAAUUUUGCUACAUUAAAAGUUUUUUUCUUGUUUUGAAAAUGAAAACUUUUACUGCUACAGUUUUUGAAAAUCUCAUUGCUCACUGAUUUAAAAGUUUUUACUUUUAAUUCGACUGUAAAAUUUCUUUCAUUUUGACGUUCUCGUGUAACCGUGUACGCCUAAGUCGCAAAUGUAAACAAACACUUUGGUGGGUCCGGUGGUGCUGGUGAGUCUAGGACGCAAAGCAAAGCCGACCGCGGCAGCAGCCAGGACUCGGACGCGGAAACCAUCGUGAGCCAAUCAGCAGCAGCGGAACGCCUUCGAAGGAGGGUGGUGCAGGAGCGGGACGAGGUCGAGUGCUCGAAAAGGACAAGGCCAGCUUCCUGCAGGAACUGCAGCUGUUCCACGGCCGGAAUGCGUAAGAAGGAAGCUUGGGUGUUUUGUGGGGUUUGUGAUUGAUUUUGUUUGUUUUUGUAGGAUGAGAGGUAGGAAUGUGGAUUCGCACCUGUUGUAUUGGGUGGUGGUGGCCCAGGAUUGGUGGUUGAAGGUCAAUUCGCGUGAGGACUGGGCGAGAUCAUCGAGGAGAUGGCGCUGCCGAAGCGUUGCGUGCACAACGAGAUUGCGUUGAAGAAGAUUAACUUCCGGUUUUUGGACAAGUACGAGACAGGUGAUUUUUACGGUGAGGAGAAGGAGCCGACGAAGAGGAGGACGUCGAGAAGCGGGAUAAUUGGAGGUAGCCAGAGCGGAUGUUGCACUCGGUGCCGGCGGUUUACAACACCUGAGACAAAAAACCGCCCACAAAUGCUCAUCUCGCGACGGCGCAGCUCCAGCCGAAUGAACCCUAGACAGCGUGCCGAAAAAAUCUGUGUCAUUCUCGAAGGAGGAUGAAGUGCUCGAAAUCGAAUUCCGUUCCGAGGGCCUCAUCAACCCAAUCUUCCGGAUGCGCUUCCAGGAUCGGGAACUCCCCGUUCAGGCACUUUACUUUCCAGCCGGGAAACGUCGACCACCCUUCCCGAAUCAAUGGCCAACUCCUCCAAGACUGUCCUGAUUGAGGCCGGAAACGUGACCAUCGUGUUACACUGCUAUCGCGCGUCGAAGCCUCCAUCCGGAACCGUCCAGCCUGGGGUAUUCGGAAGUGACCGGAAGCGUUAAAUACAAAAAAGUGUUUUUCUAACAUACUGUUUAAUUUUUUUUAAAUAAAUCUAAAACACCAAGCACAUUUUUCUGAAAUUAUCGCUGUAGAGCUAAAUGUUGUGUAUUCUUGCCAUUAAAGGUUUCUUUUCCAAUCAAAAGUAAAAUACUUUUACCAAUACAACGAUUUUGUUCCAUAAAUGCAUGGUAGUAUCAAAAACUUUCCAACUUUUAAAUUGAAAAGUUUGAACUUUCUACGAAUAUUCACCAACGCGAACUUUUAAUCCAGCGAACGAUCUUUUUAAAUUUAGAGUAAUUUUUCU